AUGCACGACGGUGUUCAGGUGAAGCAGCAGAAGAAGAGCAGCAACAAAUGGAGUUGCGCAGUCUGCAAUGAGAAGCAAUCGGUUCGAAAAGUCUUCGCUCAGGGAUUCAUGGCCAAGGACAUCCGCAAGUUCGUCCAGAGCUUCAAUAUGUCCCGCAAAUCCCUCGAUGACGGCGAAUGGCCACUCGCCGGAACCCUAGAUCCGGCGCCGGAACACUACGAUGACGAGAUCACCCAGAAAAAGAAGAGGAACGAUUGGUCUGCGUACCUCGACCAAGAGGAUCAUCACACCGUCAAGGAACAAGAACGAGACCAUGGAAAUGAUUUCGAGCCUCUGGUUGUGACUGAGUUGCCGAAAGGAGUACUCAAGAAACGCAGAUUGGAGGAGAAUUCAACUGCAGGGAAUGCCAAGCUUUUCAAGAAGCCACUUUUCCGUAACUCUCAAGAGGAGCCAAUGAUAGAUCAGCAAAGAAUUACAUCAAUGACUGAAAGCAAUGCUGAGAAAAAUAAUUAUGUGACGCCAGAUAAUCAGAGAACUGAAAAAUGCAAAACAACAAUCAGCAGGGGAGCCUCCAAAUGGAACGAAUACUUAAACGAGGACAAUGACAGUUUAGAACUUGCAUGGAAGAGGGGCUUUAAGGACCAUUCGGGUCCUUGCAACAACAGCAUCUUAGAGGCCAUAACUAGUGAGCAAAGAGUCGAAGAUGAUAUUCACCCAGAUUUUAUGUAA